AUGUCUGAAGACAUAGGUGAUGGCAUCCCAUCUGAAGACAAGCCUGAAGUAAUGGAAAAGCUCAGCAGUGAGGCAUUGCCUCAUGAGUCAGUUCAACACCUCAUGGCAGCUGAGAUCUUGCAUGAGUCUUCACAUGACGAACACGGACAGACCACUCGGAGUGCCAGUAAUGGACAGGAAGGAGGCAUAUUUAUUAAUGAAAACCCUUUGACUGAAAAAAUAGUUGAAAGUCUGCCUUCCAGUGGAGAGGCGACUGAAGACGUGUCCACUGAGUGCAAUGAGACCGUAAGCCUUGAUGCAGAACCUGAAUCUGAAGAAACACUGUGUGAACAAAGCAGUCCAGCCACAGACUCCUCAUCUAAAGCAAGUAGAUGGGGAGCUUGGGGUACCUGGGGGAAGUCUCUCCUGUCAUCAGCUUCUGCCACAGUGGGUCAUGGGAUAACAGCAGUAAAGGAAAAAGCAGGAACUACCUUAGGAAUUCAUAACACAAGUUCAGCAUCUUCAGAAACAGCAGAGCCUCGUGCAGCUGAAACACCAAUUAUACAAGCAGAAGAUUCUCUGGACCAAAGCUCUUCUGAGAAUAUCCCUUCUUCUCCUUCAUCUGGAUCUCGUGGCAUGUUGUCAGCUAUCACUAAUGCUGUACAGAACACAGGGAAAACUGUAUUGUCUGGAGGCUUGGAUGCUUUGGAAUUUAUUGGGAAGACAACCAUGAAUGUCCUUGCAGAAAGCGAUCCUGGAUUUAAGAGAACCAAAACACUGAUGGCAAGAACAGUUUCUCUAUCUCAGCUGUUGCGAGAAGCUAAAGAAAAAGAGAAACAGAGGCGGGCCCAGCAAGUUACGGUUGAAAGAACAGCACAUUAUGGGCUACUUUUUGAUGAGUUCCAGGGUUUGUCUCAUCUUGAAGCUCUGGAAAUCCUGUCAAAUGAAAGUGAAGCCCAGAUUCAGUCAUAUUUAGCAACGCUUGACGGAGAGCAGUUGGAGACUGUGAAAAAUGAUUUAAUUGCUAUAAAAGAGAUUUUUCUUCCAAAGGAAUCAGAUGAUGAAGUGGUACAGGCACAGAAAGAUAUGGGAGAAGAGUUUGUCAGCAUGCUCACUGAGCUGCUGUUUGAAUUGCACGUCGCUGCUACUCCUGACAAACUUAACAAGGCUAGGAAAAAAGCUCAUGAAUGGCUGGAGGAAGCUACUUCUUCCACCCCAGUAGGAGACAUAGGAGAGAAGCUAAAAGAGAAACCUGGAGAACCUGGUGAAGAAAAGACUGAAAAAGAAGAUAAAAUUGACAGUGAUAAACCAGAAGUAGAUAAAACCAAGACUGUAGAGGAAAUCUACAUGCUGUCCAUUGAAAGUCUGGCUGAGGUAACUGCUCGUUGUAUUGAACAGCUUCAUAAAGUAGCAGAAUUAAUUCUACAUGGGCAGGAAGUAGAAAAAACAGCUGAAGAUCAAGCGAAAGUACUGACAAAUUUAACGAGUGCUAUGUGCAAUGAAGUUUCAUCUUUAUCAAAGAAGUUUUCCGAUACUUUAACAGCAGCUGGGAGCAGCAUGAAGGCAGAGGUUCUUACCCCCAUCAUCAACAGUGUGCUAUUAGAGGGUUGCAACAGUACUACUUACAUUCAGGAUGCUUUCCAGCUAUUGCUUCCCGUUCUGCAAAUUUCACAUAUCCAGACCAGUUGUUUGAAAGCACAAGAGUGACAGUUUCCCAGCCGUCGUCACCACGGGGCUGAGCAGAAACCACAGACCUCACGUCUUUAAUGUAUGCAGAUAGAAGGGGUGGUGCGAGAGGCAUCUGGCCACUCACUGAAGACACUAAAUGCGGUUUUGCACGUACAAUGUUGAACAACAUUUUGAAACUCUUUCAGACUUUUAGGCUUUAGAAGUAGUUAGUAGAGUGAGUAAUUUCUUUUCCAUUAGAGCAUAUCCUUUGCAUUAAUUUAAACUGAAGUCUAUCGAUACUAGCAUUGAUUUAAAUACAGAUUCUAAAUGUUGACUCUUUCAGUUGUAGACGACGUGUGAAGGAAAUCACAAUGUAAAGGUUUUUAAAACAUUUCAGCCCAAAUGCCCUUUUCCAUUGUUUGCACCCUAAGUGCCAGUUAAAAACGUGUAUUUCAAAAAUUGGUUUCAGUAUUUAAUUUUAGGCAACCUGAACAAAUUAUCAUAGUGUUCUGCUUGUUAACUAUUUUUUACAGUAGCAAAUAAAAACAUCAUCAUAAUGUGUACCACUUACAUAACACUUUGUGUUGCGAGACUUGUAUAGUAAUAGGCAUUAACUUUACUAAAUCAAAAUUUUGGAGGAUAUGCAUACAGAAUUAUACUGAAAAGAAAUUUUCUGAGCCAGUUAAGAGUACGGGUAAAGCUCUCUGUUUGCUAACCCAUAAUUCUACAUUCAUUUAUGUCUACUUCUUAAUUCCAACAGCUGAACCACAUUGCAGGCCAAAGUAAUCUUUUUCGUAUGCAAGAAUUGGAAAAUUUCCCUUCUGUUUGGCAGUUGAAACACCCCCAAAUCAAUCUCCUCUCAGAUGCAUUACCAAGUUUGGGGGUUAAUUUUAUGAAUUUAUCUUUAUGAAGCUUUUUAUCAGCUGGAGUUACUGAUACUGGCCUGGAAAGGAAGUUGUGAAAAGAAGUCACGCUUUGGGUGGGGAGGUCGCAUGUCAGCGCAAUCACCUUUUCUCUGAGGCAGUAGGUAGAGGGAGCGUAACUGAGCAGCAGGGAUGACGUUUCGUAACAACCCUAGCAACCGUGACAAUUUGUCCGUAUCCUUAGCUGAAAAUCCUGAGCUAUGAACCUCAGAAUCUGUUCAGGCUGGUUUACCUCAUAGACAGGAAGAACCUCCCAGUAUCGUAGGUAGCCUGUUCUCCUGGAUUGUCAUUGUUUAUUACAUUUCUUUCAGCUAUUUUGUAUUUUUUUUCCUCCUAGUACACUCAAUAAUUUUAUUUAAAUGCUUUUUAAUUGUAGUUGACAUCUGAAUAUGUUUAAUCAUAGAAGCAUAGUUCAUACAUUGUAAAAUUAAUGAAAUAGAGCACGAGGAAAUACUGUCCUGUUUAUCAGCGAUGAGAAACCAUGUAUCUAUCUGCUUUGCACAUGGUCACUUUUGUGAGUGCAAAUAGGGGAGGACAGAAAGGUCUGUUUGUGUCUUACACUAUUGCGGUCCCUGUUCUGCUGUCACAUGCAUUGUGACUUUUCCAUCUUUUGUUAUUUAGAGAUGAAAUUUUCCCUAUCCCUGAAAUAAGGUUUGUUACGCAAAAAUCUAUUUUCUGCCACCCUGUAAUUUAACAGAUUUGAGAGAUCUUUCUAGGUAAGUAGAAGGGGUACAGUCUUCAAAUCCACUUGCACAGAACAUUAAAAAAAACCCUUACAGCAAUGCUAACAAAAAUAAGAAAGCCCCUCGGCAGCUGAAAAGGCCAACGGAGCUGACAUUCCCUGGUAUUUAUGCCAUGUUGAACAGCUAACUCUCCUGCAACAUGGGAAAAAGAGGGACGCGGGAAAAGCAACUGGUAAGCAGACUCACUGGCCCAAAGGUAGGAUACAGCUCCCACCAACCGUUGUAUCCACAACGCUUCCGUCUGGCAUUGCUUUAUGUCUGAAAGCAUAUUUUCCAAAGUGCAUUACAAAAUAAUGUUGAGUUGAAGCAAAACACUGCAUCAUACCCCAUGCUUCUCUGGCUUCUGCACUCUGGGGGGAAUAAACGUCCUUUCCUCUGGUAGUCUGCUCUGGCUGCUGGGAGAGACACACGCUUGUACCUACGCAACCCUGUAUACACGCUUUAACCCAGCUCCUCCGCGUGGAUC